CUUGUGCCAGCCGGAAGAGGUUUGGUUACGGGUCUUAGAGCCACCCAACAAUAAGAUGCCUCCGGCAAAGAUGUGACUGAAAAUGCACCCGUGUGUGGAGGGCCAGCGCUUGUGGUGUCAGUGGUGCACAGCGCCAGCCGUGAACGUCACCUCUGGCCCCAGUGACGUUUGAGGAUGUCGCAGUCUAUUUCUCGCCGGAGGAGUGGAAGGAGUUAGCGGAAUGGCAGAAAGAACUGUACUGGGACGUGAUGAAGGAGAAUUAUGAGCUCGUCACCUCGCUAGUAGAUGAUGAGAUUGUGAAUGAAAGUAUGGAGGAGAAGAAUCAGGAGGAAGAUGCUGAAAACCUGCUUCCAGUCAAGACCUUUUCAGUGAAACCUGAAGAGAAAGUUUCCCAAAGUUCAGUAAAGGUGAAAAACUGCCUGGGUCAGAGCAAACUCCAGACAACGCAGAGAAACUCUGCAGGGAACACACAAGGGCUAUCCACAAACAGCACGGCUCAGCAGAAAGUCCAGUUGACGGAGAGACCGGACGCCCUUCAGGAAUGCAAGCGAAGCUGUGUGGAGAAGACAGAUCUCCUGAUACGACAGAGGAACCACAAGAGGGAGAGGCCGUUUCCCUGCAGCGAGUGUGGGAAAUGCUUCUCUCAGAAAGGGGACCUGAAGAUCCACCUGAGAAUCCACACGGGGGAGCGGCCGUACACGUGCACCGAGUGCGGGAAAAGCUUCACCCAGCGGGGAUACCUGAAGAUUCACCUGAGGCUGCACACGGGGGAGAAGCCCUUUCCGUGCACCGAAUGCGGGAAACGGUUCCCGUCGAAGGGGGAUCUCAAAAUGCACCAGAGGAAGCACACGGGGGAGCGGCCCUUUCUGUGCAGUGAGUGUGGGAAGAGCUUCACUCGCAAGGUGGACCUCAAAGUCCACCAGAGGAAGCACACGGGGGAGAGGCCCUUUGCUUGCACCGAGUGCGGGAAGAGUUUUACUUCCAAGGGCUAUCUCAAGAUACACCUGGGACAACACAAGGGGAAGAGGCCGUUCACGUGUCUGGAGUGCGGGAAAAGCUUCAUUUCCAAGGGCUCCCUCAAGGCGCACCAGAGAAUCCACACGGGCGAGACGCCCUUCACGUGCACCGAGUGUGCGAAGAGCUUCACCACCAAGGGCUAUCUCAAGAUACACCAGAGGCUGCACACGGGGGAGACCCCGUAUCCCUGCGCCGAGUGCGGGAAGCGCUUCACCACCAAGGGCUAUCUGAAGAUACACCAGAAAAUCCACACGGACGGGACCCCCUUCAUCUGCAGUGAUUGCGGGAAGAGCUUUGCCACCAUGCGAUAUCUCAAGAUGCAUCAGAGAAGCCACACGGGGGAGACCACGUUCACCUGCGCGGAGUGUGGGGAGAGCUUCGCCCAGAAGGGCUAUCUCCGCAUCCACCAGCGGAUGCACACAGGGGAGGGCCUGUACACCUGCUCUGACUGUGGGAAAAGCUUCACUGCCAAGUACCUGCGGAUCCACCAGCGAAUGCACACGGGAGAGCGGCCCUUCACUUGCACGGAGUGUGGGAAAAGCUUCACUGCCGAGGGGUCUCUGAAAAUCCACCUCAAGAUUCACAGCAGGGUGCUGCUGAGUAUAUGCACUGACUGCGGGAAAAGCUUCUCCUCCAUGCGCUAUCUCAAGGUGCACCAGAAAACCCAUUCCCAAGAGCCAGCGAUGCUACCCGGCGAAAGGGGGGACGGUUUCCCGCAGAAGGCGCUUGCCGCUGUCCCUCAGAAAGCCCACAGAGAAAUGAUCUCAUUUACCUGCCAGGACUGCGGGAAAAGCUUCUGCCAGAAGUCUAAUUUAAUAACGCACCAGAAAGCCCACGCGCAGGAGAGACAGGUUCUCACACACAGGCCCAGCGCCGGCCCUGCAGCCGCUCCACCGACAUCCGUGAAGUUGCACCCAGUGAAUUUGGCUCAGGAAGUUUUAAGAGCAGGGAAAGAUCAUCUCGACCCAAAUCCCUAUCCCCUGGUCAUGGAUUUAAAGCCCAGCUUCCCGUUUGCUCUGCAGACCUGUCCACUUUCCCCAGGAGUAAAUCUAGGUGUCUCUUGAGCUCCCAUGGCAUCCCGCUCCUGCUGACGAUGUAUCCCGUGUGGUUAUUGUUACCUUUUGCAUGGUGUAGCUCUGCCCAGGUUCCUCCAUGUGCUUCCAAUUCCUAACCCUCCCCUAUUGCACCCUUCCAAGGUAGCGGCAGUGCCCCAGGUCGGGACUCACAAGAGCCUUACAUGCUACCACGUCCUUUGGUUUUUCCUCCUCUUCUAUCCACGCAGCAUAGCAUCUGGUCUGGCUUUUUUUCUGCAGCUUUGCAUUGAGCGGGUGGCUUCAAUGAUUUUAUCACAAUAAACCCCACUCGCGUGCUGGGCGACUAGAGAUCCUGAGCAUAGAUCCCCUCCCUUGCUCGCUCGCUCACACACUGAUUUCAUUGCACUGCGUUUCCGAUCAGUCAGUGCAGUCACCUACACGAGCCAAAUCCGUUACUACCCAGUGCCCAGAUCCGUAUCAUCUCCUCUGACUCUCUUUUUAGCAUCACGUACAAACCCUGAGCUGUGGGGCUGUAUUCAUUCCACGUAGAACUUCCUUGGAGGUACACCGGGGUGAACUGGGACUUUUCAGAAGCCUCCAUAGGACGGCAGAGGCUGUAGAAUCAACCCCGAGCCGCUCCACUCAUCAUCCAGUCUGUUGCCCCCCAUUGACUCCUGUUCCGGGAGUGCCGAGUGUUAGAGAAAGUUCACUGAAAACCCACGUUAGCGUAACAGAUGAGCAAACCGCAGAGGCCAGGAACCAGCAACUUGUGCUCAGUGCACGGAAAGAUCCCUCUGGAGGAGAAAGGGCAGAACUUGGCAGCAAGCCCAGGCCAGAAAGAACAAAUGUUGGCUCUGGUCGUGGUGGAAGAGCAGCGUGUGAGAAGAUCCACCUUCAAGGCCAAGGGAGACGUUGCACACGCAGCCGUCUGAUGUAUGGGGAGGGAGAAAAGCCAAAGUCACUGAAAUGGCGCCGGGGAGCCCGUGACAUUCAUCCAGUUAGGUCCCCCUUUAUUCUACAGCAGGGAAUGUGUGAGGGGUAAACAGCAGAAGAGCUGCUGGUAAGGGGUCCAGGCUAACUCCCUGGAGAAGGUGGAAGAGACUACAAGGAUCACAAUAAUUGUAGCUGGAAAACAGCUGUGAGAUCAUCGAAGCGAAUAUGUGCCUGAGACCUGCCCCCAGCCAGCUUCCUUCAUUUCUGCCUCUGUGUUUUAGGAGGCUCUGCUUCCCCGCGCUCCUGGGGGACAGCGGCUGAGGAGGAGACAUUCUGCCCCUUUCUCAGGUUUAUUCCCACAGCAGCUGACGUUGUGCCAGGCUCCCCUGGAAAUUUGCAGUUACUAACUCUGGGCUUUAUCCCUGUGGGACAGGCCAAGCAGUAGCGUCCUGUAGGGGCCCUGUACUGAGACAGCCUCUGGGGAUAGGGCUGGCUUUCACUCAUUCUCCGAGCCAGGCCUCUCCUGUGUCAGCGCCGCGUGGUGUGUCCUGGGGCCUGGAGCAGCUUCCUGCUCUGGGAGGCGGUGUUCAGAGGGUCGGGUGUUCUGGCUGGUGCUCAGGGUCUCUCUUCCUGAUAUGGAAAUUCUCUCCCACGCGAAGCUUGUGGCUUCUCACACUUCCCAGGAGUUUUUAACACCAAUGGUGAGCACCUGUCCUGCAGGUUCCAGGGCUUGGCGAGCUGGUUCUCCCUCCUCCGUCACUGCUGCACAGGAAUCGUUUGGGGCGUCCUUGAUGUCACGCACCUCGGGAGCUGCCUUUGCUCAGUGCGCCUGUGGAUGUUUAUGGCUCAAGACCGCUCACAUGCUCAUGUGAUACUGGCAGUGCUGCUGAGUAGGUAGGGCUGGGAGCCGGGGACCUCAGGGUUCUAACGGGCUCGGCUCCUGAUUCCCUGUGUGGCCUUGAGUCACCGCCCCGCUCUGUGCUCUGGUUUCCCUUCUGUACAAGGCAGGUGGGGCCAGCUCUCCGACCGCAACAUGGAGCUAGUUACUCUGGCUCACAGCCCUGCGUGCCGAGCGUCCCUCUGAGAGGACACAGAGACGAUCUCGCUGGGGAAAAUGGGUCACGCGCGGUCCUCCAAUCUCGAGGGUUCAAGGCCUGACGUGUACUGGCUCCAGGGACGGGAAGCCAGGACUUUCACCUCUGACACUGGCUCAGUAUGUGACCAUGGAGAUGUCACAUUACCCACUCUAUGCCUCAGUUUCCCUGUCUGGAACUAGGGCUGUGAGGACUAAUGUUGAUAUUUUGCUUUGAGAUGCACUGCUGAACGGCACUAGAGACAGGCCGAGUAUUAUCCUCACUAAGUAAUCUCUGCGGGAGAGGUUUGCUUCACUGCUCCCAGUUCCUAUGGGCACUUUCGACAUGUGUUUUCCUAAGGUGCAGUUACCAAGGGAUCUGGGCACUAAACCCACAAAUGAAUAAAAAACGAGCAUCCUGCCUUCCCCUCAACUGAACUAGUCACAGAGGACAAGUGGUAACGCAACAGGUGGCAGAAUGAGUUCCUUGGAGCGGCUGGGUCUUGCUGUAAAGGAAAUACUACGGCCAGUCUAGCUUCCUCCUCCUCGGUAGCUUGGGGAGUCGGCCACCCCAGGACUGUGAACAGAUUCACCUGACACCCGGCCUGGUUCCAUAGAUUGGCACUGAGCUGCUCUGCAACAAGAGAUGAGGGGUAGGACUAGCAGGCAGGGGGCGAAAGACACCAUGGGUCAGAUUCUCAGCUGCAGUAAAUCAGCGUAGGGCUCCUGAAUUCAAUGGCACUAUGCCAGUUCCCCCCGAGAAUCCGGCCCCACGCUUCUGAACCCAGGAGAGCCUCACAUGGAGCCCUGUGACGGACAUCCUGCCUCCCCUACCAUCCCUGGCUUGGUGUACAAUCAAAAUAUUAAAGACACUGCCACUAAUGUAUGGCAGAAAGGCCAAGGCCAAAUAAAACUCUGCUACCCCAUUGACUGCCGUUAGGUUGUACAGAUGUAACUGGCCAACAUUUGGUUCGCUCUGUGCACAUAAAUACCAUUGAUCAGCUAGACAGGGCAAGCCUGGACUCCGAAAACGAGUCUGGGCACCUGCUGCGUAUUUCCAUGCACGUUGGAUGAGGCUGGGAGCAGGGAGGACAGGGCAUAGGACAAAAAGGGGGGGUUAAUGGAUUACAGAUUGUUUUAAUAAGCCCUAACUGAGUCCUCCUCCUCAAAGGAAACCUGCACAACGCUUUCAAAAGACGAGCCUGGGAGCUUAAAUCCCUAACUCUGCUAGACACGAAAACUCAUGGGCUGAACAGAGACACUGGAGUCAUGGCUUAUUACAACAAUCUGUAACCGACUAACCGCUGCUGUUUGUCCUAUGACCGCAGAGGUGCUAACGGGACACUCUGCCUUGCAUGGUCCCUUGCAGAAUACACUAACUGCUUAUGCCAGGCAAUCCGUCCCAGUUGGCGUUUAGCUGUGACGCUCCCAGUACGGUGCCCAGAGCUGAACAAGAGCUCUGGGCAGGUCUACCCUUAAAACACUGCCUCAGUGCCGCUGUAGUGUGUAAGUGACGCUGCUCCUGUGCCGAUGGGAAAGGCCUCUCCCAUCGGCGUAGUUAACCCACCUCCCCGAGAGGCGGUAGCUGUGUUGGUGGGAGAAACUCUCCUGCUGACAUAGAGCUGUCCACACGGGGGCGUUAGGUGUGGAUUUUUCACACCCUGAGUGACGUGUUUAUACCGAUAUAGGUCUGCAGUAUAGACCAGACCUCUGUGCAGCUCGAAAGCUUGUCUCUCCCCAACAGAAGUUGGUCCAAUACAAGAUAUUACCUCCCCACCUACACUAGAGGGUGAAAUUCACCCCGUGCAGAGCACCAGCACAAGGCCUAUGUCCCACCUCAGCCUCUGUGCUGCCCUCUGCCCCGGAGGGGACUUUCACCUCUGAUGAGUGUUAGACCCAAAGGACGGAUGAUUCCAGGAGCUAGAUAAAUGAGGUUGAAAGGACCAGACGUAGGCAUUAAAGAACAGCCUAUGGGUGCUGUGGGGAGCCUCAGACAUGCUACCCCAAUGAACCGCCUGGCUAUCGGGAGUUAAGGCACCAGCAGAGAACAGCCAGAUGCUAUGGGGGCAGGGCAGGGCAGACAAGACAAUUCCAUCAGUGCAGAGCAGAGAAAGGAAGCUCAGUAGGACUGACAUAGACUCGACGAGUGCUGGGUUUGAGAAAUCCUUUGGUCAGAGAGGGAAAUUAGUUGAAUAUUGAAUUUGCUCCAUUUACAAAGAGCCGUUACAGCAAAUAUAGAAAGUGGAUGUUAAUAUUCUAAUAUGGAGAAAAGGCCAUAAAUUCAGGCGACUGAAUGAUGGGUUUUGAAGGACACGUGGUUUUAAAGCCUCAUCAGCGUAAAUCUUAAAAAGAAGACAAGCUCUGGGAAAGCCCCAGGAUGUAAGAACUUAAGAUCCUCUGUGGUUUCUCCUUUUAAGUUGAUCUGUGGAUCUUAAAGGUAAAGUUUUGGUAUCUAAAUCUUUCCAGCAAGGGUCUGGAGAUGCCUCAAGCAAUGAGAAGUGACUCCGAGGAAAUGGCAGGACCAGACUCCAGAAGCCCGUCUGGGUUACAGUAAAUGGAACAUGGGUUAAACAAGAUGGUAAGAAGCAGCAGAAGAGGGUGAACUGCCAAAAGUCGGAGCAGACUCUGAGCGUGCGUGUGAGGAAAACGGGAACAUUGAGCUCGGUAGCUGUGAUUCCUGACGCGUCACUUUUCUUGUCCUGGAGGAAACACAGCAUAAAGCCAUUUGAUGCCUUAACGUAAUGGGCUCGAUCAGUCCUUGAAACUGAAGUGGCCUCUUUGUGAGUUUGCUUGAGGAUGACUUCCGAGGUUCAGAAAGGGGUCACGAUGGUUUCCAGUGUCUUCAGUGUUUGACGAGUGAUUUCUGGUUUUUCUAUUUUACUGUUGCAGGGACUCCAUGAUAAGGGGCCAAACCCGUUCUCAUGUACAACAGUGUAAAUUCCACAGGGAGGAUCAGGCCAAUGUCCAUUGAGGCCAAUGUAAGGGCUCCCACUGACUUCCACAGCACUGGAUCAGGCCUGAACUCCGCAGCAGUCAGGAAGUUGCUCUAUAAUUCAGUUGCUACGUGGAAGAGUGGAAUCUGGCCCCAGGGUGUUAAUUUUUCUUGCCAAAGAGGGGAUAGGAGAAAUGUGUUCCUUUAACCUACUGAGAAGGUGAGGCAAGGAGUUUUAAACAGAAACAUUUGAAUGUAAAUACGAAGAGGACACAUCGCAUGGGUCUCUGAUUUGAAUUGUUUUCUUUUCAUGCCUUGUAUUGUCGGUCUCUCUACAAGGUAAACAGGGAGAGGCUGGGUAAAGCCAGGCCCAGGCGUGCCUCUGUUGGAAUCAGUGGGACAGGCUUUCGCUUUUCAUUCUGAUCCUUGGGAUUUGUUUUCCAGGUGUGAUCACAGGUUUUCCAAGUAUGGGUCUAGUUAUUUCGUCUGACCAAGUACGGGUUUGGGCUACACAGUUGCACUGUGAGAAUCAGAGAGAAAGGGGAAAGUCAGAUUUAGGGUCCUAUUAUCUUCAUUGCUCAGCCAGGAAGGGGAUUAGGGGAACAAAGCCCCCAAACAUGUCAAUGUGAUGAUGUCCACUUUCCACCCAAGCCAGAGGAACCCUUUCCCAUGUGGUAGCUUGCUGCAGGGUUUAGAGCUAGAUUGGGGGGAAAAGUCCUUUAUUUCCACUAUGGUAUUUUAUAGUGCUAGAACUUUUUGCAAAGGAUAUAAAAACUAGUUCUGUGCAGGCUGUUAGAGUAGGAGAGCACAAACAUGUCUGCUUCUGCGGUGGUGUUGAGUCUAUAAAGCUACCAUUCCCAACGUUACACAGAACAUGAAAUAGAAUUGAACAAAAUUUCAGGUUCUGGGGUAAAGUAGGUCUGAACUAUUGGCACUUAAUUAUCUUCCUAAGCAAAAUAAUUAACUAAUUUUAUAAGGAAUGAACAUAUUCCUUACAAGAGAAUUUGUAUAUUUAUUACAUUCUUUUUGUUGAUUGCUUUGAAGAUAGAUCUCAGAAGAAAAGGUCUGCAAAUCUUAGACUGCUACAAUCUGUAUAAUUUAGAUGAACAUUUUGAUUUUUUUCCUUUUGUCAAUCAACGUCACCAAUAAAGGCUUGUUUAUUUUAGAGACUA